CUCUUUGCCGUUGGAAUCCACGCUUCAUCCACCAAUUCCGUUCUCUGUCGUCGCUCCUUUUGUAUUUCGACCUCUGUGCCUCACAGACAAGAUGGUGCGAAAUAUCCACAAGAUUCCCAAGAAGCCUGCAGACUGGCUGCCUCCUUCGGCGCCGCUCUCGCUGCGCAAGCAAGUGUUUCUUCCUGAUUUCACCAUUGCUCUCAUCCGCACCCCCUUCCUCCCGCCCCGAUAUGCUUCGUUCUACGUUCCUCUGAAUUUCAACAAGCUUGACAUGCGCGACUACAUGAAACGUCUAUACGGUGUCGAUGUACUUAACGUCCGUAGUUACGUCGAGCAGCAAAAGGUCACCCGCGCCAAGUCUCUGGGCCGGUACGGAUAUGGACAGCUGAGAAGACCGAUGUCCAAGAAGAGGAUGACUGUCGAGAUGACACAGCCGUUUGUGUGGCCUGAAACACCAAAGAACAUGGAUCCAUGGGAGAAGGACCAAUACUUCAAGGCCGCCAAGUACCAGGAAGAUCUUCAAGACCAGCAACGGCCAGAUGCCGGUAUGAAGGCCAACGAGUCGGAGCGUGAGGCGUACGAAAAGGAAGCGAAAGAGCUGCUGGACGGCAAGAAGGUUUGGAGGCCGACCUGGCAGGCUCUGGGUCUGAGCUAUGAUCGCAAAGGAUUGGGCGCAGACAAGGGUUCGAGCUCGACAAGCUCAUAAAGUGUUUUGUUUUGAUCAGGGAUAGAAAAGCGUUCUCUUUGCCUUUGUCUUCUCUGUUUCACUUCUGUUUUUUUCACUUUUUAUUAUGUAUGUGAUAACCGUCAUCUCUGUAUUAUAUGCCCACGCGCUACAUAAACAUAAAUCCAGUGUCAUCAAAGUUCAUGACAUGCAUUUAUCUAUAGAAAUUUUCCACAUGUUCAAUUCUCAGUUGCUCAUAAAUUCAAUAACUAUCAGGUAUUGGUGGUUGUUGGACGUCCAACAUCAUCCAAAUCAAUUAAGCUAAAUAUCACACGCUAUGCAAGAACGACUGGAGGUGAGAUGGGAUGGCGAAAACAAAGAUGUUACUGAAAGGGACGGGAAACAUAAACAUGCAUCUUAAGCAAAGAAUAGCAGAAUCACAACUCCAAGGGUAAUUCCUGUAAGAAAAUCAAAACUACAGCCGACUUUCCACAAAGUUGACAUGGUGUUGGCCAGGCCAAUGUGCGUCAGGCCACACC